AUGGAGUACUCUAACUGGAGAAACCAGUCCUCGGUGUCCUUCUUUCUGAUUGUUGGUCUGUCGGAAACAUCAGACCCUCAGGUCCUUCUCUUUCUGGUCUUCCUGUCCAUAUACCUCAUCACGGUGGUCGGCAAUCUCAUCAUUCUCAGCGUGAUUUCCUCUGACCGAAGACUCCACACGCCCAUGUACUUCUUCUUGGCCAACCUUGCCGCGGUGGACAUCUUUUUGUCUUCCGUCACCGUCCCUAAGCUCUUGUACAUUUUGAUCACUGCCCAGAAAUCGAUUUCUUACGCAGGAUGUGUCGCCCAACUCUACUUUUUCCAGCUCUUCAUGGUGGUGGAGUGUUACAUCCUUACCGUGAUGGCUUACGAUAGGUAUGUGGCCAUCUGUUUUCCACUCAACUACACCCUCAUCGUGAGUCGAACGGUGAGAAUCAGGAUCGUCCUCGCCUGCUGGGCCAGUGGAGUCCUAAACUCCGUGGUCCAAGUUGUGUCCAUAUGUCAUCUUGACUUUUGUAGUCCCAACAAGGUGGACCAUUUCUUUUGUGACGUCACCCCACUCUUUAAGUUGUCUUGCUCGGAUACAAAAGUCGGGGAGGGACUGUUCAUGAUUGUGGUCGUAAUUGCCGGGAUGGGGCCUCUCAUCUUUAUAUUGGUCACCUAUGGCCGGAUCAUUGCUGCGGUAACGAAAAUCCGCUCCGGCAAAGGUCGUCGUAAGACAUUCUCUACUUGUGCGUCUCACUUCUUGGUGGUGGCUCUUUACUACGGCAGUGGGAUCUUCAGCUACAUCUGGCCCUCCUCGACCUAUGCCAUGGACAAAGAUGUCAAGGUGGUGGCCGUGCUCUACACCAUCAUGACGCCCAUGCUGAACCCCAUUAUUUACAGCCUGAGAAACAGGGAGGUAAAACAAGCCAUGUGGAAAGCAAUGGGAAUCCCAUCUAAACACAACGAUAUCCGGAUACGUUAA